AUGGCUCCACACGCGGAGGAUUGCGAAGAGGUGGAGCGACUCAGCAGGGAGGAAUACCAAACGGUACCAGUACACCAAGGAAGAAGAAUAUUGCCAGUUGAAGCCUCUUCGGCACAAGCCUGGAUAGAGAAUGAAGAUCUGAACCCUGGACCUGACAGCAGAACCAAUAGCCCCGGCGAAAACCGUAGAUUGCUUGGGAGAAAGGCUGAAAAGUCAGGAUUGCAAUCUGGACUCACUCUUGGGGUCUGGAAACAAUCCAAGUGCUCCUUAAGCAAGACGGUAAUAAAGCCACAAGCGAAGACCAAGUUUCAGAAACGAAAAGACGUACUCAUUCAAGCUUUGCGACCCCCAUACUUCAUCAUCAGCAUUAUCAUUUUUAUUGCGGCAUUGCACUUGUGCGGACCCGGGGAAUGGCGGGCUUGGCUAGAGUGGGCACCGGGAGCGUGGUGGCAGGAGCCCUGGCGGCUGAUUACCUACGGCUGCGUGCACGCCGGCACCGCCCAUCUCGCUAUCAACGCGCUCGUCGCUCUGGCAGUGGGGUGGCGUCUCGAGCGCGAACAAGGAUGGGCACGCGUGGCGAUCCUUUGGAGUGGCGGGCUAGUGGCCGGCGCCUUAGGUGCGGGAGCGCUGCAACCACGGGUGCAUGUCGUGGGUGCUUCCGCCGCUGUCUACGCGCUUCUCACGGCACACCUGCCCAACGUGUGUCUGAGGUUCGGCCAUAUCCCUCUAUGGUGGUUCCGACCGCUGAGUGUAGUGGUGCUAGGCGCUUCAGAAGUGUGGUGGGCGGUAAUGCGGGCAGGUGGGGCGACGAGUGGCUCGGGCUACCACGUGGCGUGGGCGGCGCAUGCGCUCGGCGCCGCCGCCGGUCUGCCGCUCGGCUUUCUCAUUUUUAACGGCGAAAACAGCGGCGACAGGAGAAUAGUAUGGUGCAAAAUAUUAUCGAUGUGCGCAAUAGUGGUGGCCGUGACGUCGGCAGCGAUACACUUCACGUACUGGUACGAUGCAGACCACUACAGCUGA